AUGAAGCUUAAUAAACGUCAUGCCAAGUGGGUGGAAUAUUUGGAGUCAUUUCCAUACGUGAUAAAGUACAAAAAGGGAAAGGAAAAUGUUGUAGCGGAUGCUUUAUUGCGAAGGGAAGUUGUUUGUUUACAUGGAAUUCCAAGAACGAUUGUAUCUGAUCGUGAUGCAAAGUUUCAGAGCCAUUUUUGGAGAUCAUUGUGGGGAAAGCUUGGAACGAAGCUGUUGUUUUCGACUACUUGUCAUCCACAAACGGAUGGACAAACAGUGGUGUUGUGGGAAGAAUGUUUUCCUCACAUCGAAUUUGCUUACAAUCGUUAUGUCCACUCUGCUACUAAGUUUUCUCCUUUUGAAGUAGUUUAUGGCUUUAAUCCAUUAACUCCCCUUGAUUUAUUGCCAUUGCCUAAUGAUCAAUUUGUACAUGUAGAUGCCAAGAAAAAGGCCAAAUACGUUAAGGAGCUCCAUCAAAAAGUGUUCCGACUUGAGGACAAGUCACCUUCAAGAGGGGGGAAUGAUACAACCUCAUCCCAGGAUGUUGCUAUUGAAUCCAUUAAGCUGCCACAAGGGCCUAUCACUAGGUCACGAGCUAAAAACUUUAAAGAUGCUUUGGCAAGCUAUGUGGAUCGAGUUUGGGAGAAACAAGAAGCCGAAUCUAUUCAUCAUGAAAGGAAUAACCCAAUAGGCAUCACUUGCAAUUUGUUACAAGUUGAACUGAAAUUUUAA